AUGAUGGACUCCCUCGCCUGGGUUGACGGCAUCGCCAAUCCGAUUACCCGCGUCGCAGACCAAGCCUGGUCAGACUCGCAGAUCUGCGGCGGCAAGCCGUUCUGCGCCAAGCCUUUUGUCAAUGCGCCGACGUACCACCUCAUGGACCAGCACGGCUGCGCCGAGAACGAUCCGAACGGGCCCGUCUUCGACCCGGUCCACGGCGUCUUCCAUCACUUUUACCAGAUCCACCUCGCCGCCCCGCCCGGGCACGACAACCGGCACGCGGCGCACGGCCCGGACUACGGCCACUUUGUCUCCAAAGACUUUGUGUCGUGGGCGGCAAUGCCCGUCGCCAUCUGGAACGGGCUCGACGCGUCUGCCUGGCCUCCCCGGGCUACUCCGUACGACAACCAGGCCCAUCUUGACGGGCUCCGCAGGCGGCGGCGCACGGGGCGCCUCCUCACAGGCGAGGGGCCGGGCAUCGUCCAAAUCUAUCCCGGCCUCUGCAACAAGGCAGACUGGCCCGCAUGCGAGACGGGCACUCUGCUCGCGCAGGCGGCAGCGGCACUCUACCUCCCGACGGCGGUGCCGGCAGACUACGCCUCCGACCCGCUCCUCGCCAACUGGACAAAGCCGAGCUACAACCCGAUCAUGGAGAACACGCAGCGCGACCCGUCGACGCCGCAGACGCCGUCGGGAGAGUGGCGGCUGCGCACGUUCAACUCGAUGGUGUACGGCUCCGCGUCCAGCAAGGACCUGCUCGCGGGCAAGUGGUACGAGAUCGGAAAGUCGGACGACUUUCGGCAGUGCGAGUGCCCGAGCGUGUACCCGCUCCCCGCCGCCACGCCGGGCAGCGGGGCUGCGCACGAGGGCACCGAGGCGGCGUAUGAGGAGGCCAGGCGGGCUGGGAUGCCGGACACGGAUGUCUUUGCGCAGAAGCGGAUCGACCAGGGCAACUUUUACGCGUCCAAGGACAACGAGCGGAUCAACUGGGGGUGGGCGACGGUUCCUCCAGCGUCGGCCCAGACUCUGCCUCGGGAGGUCACUUUCAACGCAGAGGCGCGCGUGCUGCAGCAGUACCCGAUCGAGGAGAUCGCCGGCUUGCGAGCGGCCGCAGCAUUCGACAGGCGCCCGCUCGCCGCCGGGCGAGGCGUCGCUGUGCGGGGCAGUGUCGGGCUUGGCAUCGGUUGCUCCGUCAACUACACGGCCGGCGCCGCCAACGCCUCCGUCGCGUGCGGCGGCGCGCACGCCUCGCUGUCGCUGCGAGCCCACACCCGCCCGCUUGACUACUGGCGAAUGGCAAACUCCAGGCACUGGACGUUUGUCGAGGCCUACUUCCAGCGCGGCCGCGUCGCCAUCACCGCCAAGGCCGCCUUCUCUCCCGACACCGUCGCUUCGCUCACGUCCAACGUCACCGUCGCCGCGGACGUGUCGCUCUUCCCGAUGAAGUCGAUCUGGGUCGACCCGGACAAGGGGCUCACGGCGGGGUCGCACACGGCAGGGGUCACGGGGCCGCUGUGGAGCGACGUGGUCAGGGGGACGACGAGACACAAAUGGGACAAGCGCCAGCGGAUCAAGGAUCAGCACGGCGAGCGCGAGAUUGAAUUCGCCGACGUGGAUGAUCAUAACGUGGUGACAAAGACCGUCAUGGGAGCGCGGGUGCGGCAGCAGGCGGGGGUGCCACACGGAGCGCACCACGAGAGGAUCAUGCGGGGCGAGGCGGGGAGGGAGACCCCGGGCGCCGCCACAAGGAGCGACCUCAGGGGCUGCCUCGUCUGUAAGGCCGCGAGGGACGCGGCGAGGAGGGCAGCACUAAAGCGGGACCCGCUGUGUCCGAUCGUGCGGAAAGCCGCGCAGCAAUGGACCGAGGAAGAUGAGAACCCGCCUAGAGCGACAAUGGCGCACGUGCUUAGCGGCGCCUGCCUGGGGAAUAGGGAGCAGGCCAGAUGGUUCCUCAGAGUAGCGCGAGCGCAGACAGGGACGGCGAUCAGCAAAGUGGCACAGGCGGCACCCGACUCCAAGGAGACGCUGAAGACGCUGAGGAUGGCGCAUGUCGCUGCGCUGAAGGGCUCACGCUACAGGGUGCUGGACGAGGACGGGUACGAUACACUGGCCCCCGCAGUCGGGGGGGUGUUGCCAGCACUGGUAGAUGACCUCUCGGAGAAGAGCCGAAGGGACCUUGGCACCGGGGUCACGAGGAACUUGCAAGUCGUGGCCGAGGCGGCGACGGGAGCGGGAGUCGCGGAGGAGGAGGGAUAA